GUCACUUCUAAACAAGAAAAGUGAAAGAUGGCGGGACUUGAAGCCGGUGGAACGGAUAAUAUUAUUUUGUGUACUGAUUCUUAUAAGGUCACGCAUCACAAGCAAUAUCCCCCGAACACAACAAAUGUAUCUUCAUACUUUGAGAGUCGUGGAGGAAAAUUUCCUGAAGUAUGUUUCUUUGGGCUUCAAUAUAUUAUCAAAAGAUGGCUCUGUGGUCCAGUUGUAACUAAAGAAAAGAUAGCGGAAGCAAAAGAGGUAUACAAUCUCCAUUUUGGACAAGAUGUUUUUAAUGAAGAAGGAUGGAACUAUAUUCUUGAGAAACAUGGAGGCUAUUUACCAAUGCGAAUCAAAGCAGUCCCUGAAGGCAGUAUUGUGCCAGUCAAGAAUGUCCUAUUCACUGUAGAGAAUACUGACCCAAAGUGUUUCUGGCUCACAAACUAUUUUGAGACCUUGCUAGUACAAGUAUGGUAUCCAAUGACAGUGGCUACCAAUUCCAGAGCUCAGAAAGAAAUCAUUGCCAAAUACCUAGAUGAAACCUCAGACAGCAUGGCCUUGUUGCCAUACAAACUGCAUGACUUUGGCUUCAGAGGAACAUCUUCAGUUGAGUCUGCAGGAAUAGGUGGUGCUGCACAUUUAGUUAACUUCCGAGGGACAGAUACUAUUGCUGGAAUCAUGAUGGCGAGAAAAUAUUACAAUUGUAAAAUGGCUGGAGAAUCCAUUCCUGCUGCAGAACAUAGUACAAUAACUACAUGGGGCUCAACAGGCGAGGUAGAGGCUUUUAGAAACAUGAUUGAGACAUUCCCGAAUGGUCCCGUGGCCUGCGUCAGUGAUAGCUACAACAUUUGGGAAGCCUGUGAGAAAGUGUGGGGUGGUGAAUUGAAAUCUCUGGUUAUGAAGAGAACAAAAGGUCCCCUUGUUGUGAGACCUGACUCUGGAGACCCCCCGGAGGUUGUAGUCAAGGUCCUUGCAAUUCUUGGUGACAAAUUUGGCACAACAACUAAUAAGAAGGGCUACAAACUUUUAAGCCCCUGUAUAAGGGUUAUCCAGGGAGAUGGCAUCAGUUAUGAAAGUCUAGGAAAGAUUUUGGAAAAUAUGAAAAAGAACAAUUGGAGCACGGAUAAUUUAACAUUUGGAAGUGGUGGAGCAUUAUUACAGCGAUUAGAUAGAGAUACUCAGAAAUGUGCAUUCAAGUGCAGCUACGCUAUUGUGAAUGGUAAAGGGGUGGAUGUAUUUAAGGAACCCAUCACUGAUCUUGGCAAGAAAUCCAAGAAAGGCAAACUCACCCUAGAGCUGGAAGAUGGCAAGUACACUACUGUUCAACAGGGCAAGGGAGUCCCUAAAAAGGAUGUAUUAGAAACUGUUUUUGAGAAUGGAAAACUGCUUAAGGAUUAUUCUUUUGAGGAUAUCAGGAAAAAUGCAGAGAUUGCCUUGGUGAAAAAUCAGAAAAAUUCUCUGGGAAAAUGAUUUGCGAAUCGACCAGGAUCAAUAAUACACAGCUGGACAUUCUGUAGUGUGAUGUCAUAUGAAUCUAGUACUGUAGUGUGAUGUCAUAUGAAUCUAGUACUGUAGUGUGAUGUCAUAUAAAUCCAGUAUAGGAAUCCAGGACAAGAAAUACAUUGUGAUAAAAGUCAUUACAUAAAGUUGAAUAGUUGCCAUAAAACUACAUCCUGUAGUAGAAUAGGAGAUAUCAUAUUUUUGGUGGUGACAAUAACAAAUGUGAGUCUGUCUAUAGUUCAGUCAUUUUUCACUGAACUGUUUUUUGGCCCACCCUGUAUGUGCUUUUAGAAUGCCAGAGAGCCACUAGUGGAAUUUGAAUUGAACCAGUCAAUUUGGAAUAUGUAUCAGUAAAAGUGAAAUAAGUGUAAUUGAUUUCAGAAGUUUUAUUGAAGGAUGUAUUGUUUGUAACACAAUGAUUAUGAUUUAUACAUAUUUACAGUUGUAUUUGAAAUACAAGAUUACGCUAUUGUUCACUUUUCUACACCAUUUAAUAAUGAUUAAGCGGCUGAAAAUUUGUAUGAUCCUUAAAAUCAUAUUCGUAAACUCUGGGAAUUUUGCAUUGUGUGAUAAUCCUGGAAUUUUUCUGAGACUGGUGAAUAUAAAGAAUCUCAGAUUUAAAUACAGCAAUGAUAAUGUAACAAUCUGUUUUAGUAUGGUGGGAGAUUUUUAAAUCCAUGGAAAAAUAGUAUCUGUGGAAUAUGCUCUAUUUUACAGAUUUUCCGAGCAUUUGAAAAAUAUAAUAUUAAAAUGUAUGAGAAACAUAAGUGUCUGUAGUAAUUUAGAUGCCCUCAUGAAAAGGACAAUCUUAAAAUUAUACUUGGAUAUUUAUAUAGUGUUUAUAGAUUUACAUGGUGAAAUCAAAUCAUGUUUAUAUAUAGAAGUAUCAUAUGAAGUCUCAGCCAAUCAGCCUAGAGUAUUUCAGUGCUUUAAUUCAAGGUAUAGUACACCAAAUCACACAUAUAUGUAUCUGUAUACUAUAUACACUCGCUAUACAUCCUAUAUUGUUUUAAAACAUUCACGCUGAAUGUAUUCAUGCAAGUCAUUUUCAUCAUCUCAAAGUUCUGCACUGUAUUUUUAAAAAAUUAAGAUUUUCUAAUAGAUCUGUUUGAAUGAUAUGAAAUAUAAAAUAGAAUAAUUUGUAAAAGUUUCUUGUAUUCAAUGUAAACCUUAUGGUAAGCACCGUACAUCCCUUUUUAAAUCAUGUCAAUAAGAUAUAUCUCCUCUGAAUGCAGGGCUCCAAGUUCCAGAAUAAAUUCUGAAUGCAUCAGUGGAUGAUUCUCUUUUGAGAUUUAAAAAGAACAUUGCACUCUUUGUGACUCCAUUUGCACUCAAUUGAGAAUUUGGUAAAUCAUGAAGAGCUAGGUCAUUUGAAAUAGUUUUGAGUUGAUUAUGCAUGCUUUAUAUCUUUGUUUAAAGGGUUCUGAUAAGCUUCCCAUAUAAAA